AUGGAAGGGCCAGGAGAAACCCGGAGAAUGCCCCGAGGCGAAAGAUGCCCCGAAUGCGGUAGCCAGAGAUGGUACCUGCAAGACGGACUGAGAUUUUGCGCUCGGGGCCAUCAAAUCGAGGGUUUUAUCCAAUUCGAUCUUGGUGACAUUGAAGACUCUGGUAAAAUGGGGGCUGUAUCUCGCCGUGAAAAGGCCCCGAGAGACAGAGGGAAGAGAGCGCCUACACUGACAGGCCAGGCCGGUAGAGAUCUUUACCUUGAAGCUCUCCAAUUGGUUAUUAGAAGCCAAGUGGCGUGGCUCGUCAAUGAAAAGGGUUACAGGGAAGAGCUGGAAACUGUCGUUCGCGACUUGUGGGAUUUGCGAACCAGAGGGUCGAAUUCGGGUAUUGGUGACGAUGCCCAGGGAGAUGACGAAGAUUUGGCUAUUUUCAGCUCUCAGCCCUCUCAGCCCUCUCAGCCCUCUCAAGAUUCAUCAUCAUCAAAAUGGCAUCCACAAUCCAGGAAGCAGAGCUGGGAUCCUGAGCUGGGCCUGCAAUGGCCAUUGCCGCGCGUCCCCGAUACACUCGCAAUCUGUUACCUAGGCUGCAUCCUCUUGAGGAUACCAAUUCACCUUGGAGAAAUCAUUCGAUGGGCCAGGAACGGUAGCAUUCCGUACAAAAAAUGCUAUCAACAUCUGCCUCAGGAAAUGAGAGAUCGAAUGCCCGCCGCAUACAUCCAGGUCUUGAAGCUACCCUUUCGCUCUUCUAUAGAGGGCGAUGAGCUACACAGAGUCGUUAUGGACUUGGUGUUAUCGUACGACUUCAAUUAUAGUCUCGUCUUUCCUGAGAUUAAUCAUGUUCCGGAGCUGAUACAGUUUGCAAAAGAGCUUGCGCUGCCCAUUGAUUCCAUCAUUGCGGCCCGAAAAUUGGCGUCGAUCCUGGGGCAGCAAUUCCAUUUUCCGAUAGAAAAAUUUACAAAUCCUAGAUUGGAUUAUCCAGAGAUACGGCUGAUGGCUCUUCUCAUUGUUGCCACAAAGUUGUAUUUCCCCCUUUCCGACCAUACUUCAAUAUCCCGGCUUCAAAAUGCGAGUUCCCUCCAAAUGCCCACCCUCGACUGGGAGAGAUGGCGACAAGGUAGAGGGAACUUGCCAACACAACGCGAUAUAAAGACUACCAAGUUCGACUUUGACAAGGUUACUCCUAGUCAGGUGGUUUCUAUGGAGGAUGACGAACUUGACGCAUAUUUUGCUCACGUCUCCAGUCUCAUUGAUACCACAAGUAAGUUUUAUCAUCAACAGACUCACCAUUUCUUAAGUAUAAACGCUGAGAGAUUAUGCCAAGGCGACAAUCCAAUCACAAAAUUCUUUCCGGUGGAAGAACUACCCACAAGCACAAAUCAAGUAGAGGAUAUUUCUACCAAGGACUUGGAUGACGCUGCCAAGGGUCUACUCAAUCAGACUCUCGAAUACAACCGGUCUAAUCCAGCCAAAGCAGAAUACACUUCACUAUCGAUGCCAAGAUAUGAGGCAUUUCGCAAUGUUGACCACCUCUCCGAAAUAGCCACAGAACUUUACAAGGCGGCAGGUAGGUCUGCAAUUGGCACAAUGACUGUCCCAUGGCAAUGA